AGUGACAUUUAGUAACUAUUGGGUCGCCAUUAUUUCCUGGCGUGUUUAUAAAGCUAAAUAGUUUUUUGACAAGUUUUGGAAAAACUUUCUUUAUCAAGACUUUGCGUAAAUGAAACGACGAUGAGGGGGUCCCAUUUGAUGUCUUAUCGGGGCCGAUUCGAUUGGAAAUAUUUAUAUAUUUAAAUGCCGCAUCGUCGAAUAUAAUUCGAACAGUAAAAAUGGCAAGUAAAUAUUACAUUUUAGCCAUUUCUACGUGGUGUUUAUAAGAAAACGACGAUUUUUUAAUUAAAACGAGAACUAAUUUAAAUGGUGUAAAGAAUGUCUCGAGGGUACGGCAAAUACAGACGCGGUGGGAAUUCGCAUCAUCAUCACCCGAGUUUUCAAUUUGAUAGUUUGUUUAAAGAGAACAGCAAUCGACCUUCCGCCGCUAGAUCCGCGGCAACUGUAGGUAAAUGGGGGAUAACAUCGUUCACAUCAAUACGAUCGUUAAACGGUGAAAAUGCAAAAUCUCCAACAACCGGGACCAAUUCCCAACAGCAACAAGAAAUAGCAACGGCAACCACGACGGCCACCAUCACACCAAAACCGAAAAAGUUUUUUAAAAGCCGAAAUACAGGCCAACAAGACAUCACGGAAGCCUCGGAAUACGACAAACCUGACUUUGGGGGUUCUUACGGAAUUGGGCAGUCGACGAAAAGACAAAAAACUUUGUCAUCUUCAGAACGACCAAGUAAAAAGUUUUUUUCGAGCAAAACUGUUGUUGAAAAAGCAAAGCCGCCACCUAUAGUGUUGCGGAUUAGCCGCGGAAAGUCGCAGCUGAUUAACAAUAGUUCAGAUGAAUCAGAAAGCACACCCACACCGUCAAGUACCCCUUCGACAUCCACGUCUCCUCGAAACACAAAAGAUGCCCCACAACAAAAAUCGCCGAGUUCAAUGCGAAUAACGAGAUCAACACGAAGAAGUAUGCAACAAGACCCCAGUAGUAGUCCUGCAACGGCAGAUACAGCCGGCGAAUCAUUUUCCAGUAAUUUUACGUCCCCAAAGAAAGAUCCAGAGUUAUCACCACAGUAUAUUCCAGCUGAGAAAUACGAAUUGGAAAGAAAAGCUAUGUAUGAUAAUUUAUUAGGAAUUAAUACGAGUAGCGCAUCAAGUGAAUGUAGCGAUACAAAUAAAGAAGAAACUUUAUUGUUUGAGACUCCAUCACCUUUUCCUGUGGAAAAAUCAGCGCAACAACCAACUCAUGAAUUAACGAUAGAAGAAAAAUUAGCUCAAAUGGAAUCAUCGGAUACAGAGCAACCAAUAAAAUCGUCCGAACAAGUACAAGAACAAGAAGUUGAUAAAAAACAACUUAACAAAGAUAAUAUAAAUGAAGAUCUUGAGGAUGAAUCAGAAGAACAAAUGGAUUUUACUGAAAAUAACGCAAAUAAACCGUUGAGUGAGGAAUUUUUUGAUGAAGAUGACUCGGAUAGUAACAGCACAGCCCCCGAGAUAACCAAAAAAACGAUGAAAGAAGCGAUUGAAGAGCACAAAGAAGAAAUUUUAGAAAAAAUAUUAGAAAAAGAACCGUCGUUGGAACAUCCCAUGCAAGCCCCCGUUAAAUUAUUCAUCUCCAAGAAAAAAGGGAGCAUUUUUAAGAGCCGUGUUCAAGACGGCAGUAAAAAAGGCCGCGCUAUUUACAGACAUAAAUGGUCGUCGGAUGAUAAAGAUCAAAAGAAUCAAGCUGCAACAGCAACCGGCGAUAACAACGGUCCCAGCGAAUCCUCAAUUUAUGAUGACUUCGAAUUCCAAGGAGAUCCAUUAACCAGGAUUUCAAAUAAAAAUGAUGAAGGUGAAAAUGGAUAUACGAGUGUUCAAUGUACUAAAAGUGAUAAAGGGUAUUAUACUAUAGUGAAAAACGUGAAAAAAGCGUAUGAGAUGCAAGAAAUUGGGGAAUUUCAAGAAUUUAAUGAUGAUGUUGAUUACAUUUUGGAUGCGCUUCAAGAUAAUAACCCGAUUAGUACACGGUGUUUAUCGGCGAUAACUCUCGCAUCGAAAUGUAUGGCCCCUGCUUUUCGAAUGCACGUGCGCGCACAUGGGACAGUCGCAAAGUUCUUUCGGGCGUUACACGAUGCUGCUAAAGAUCAAAGUUUAGGUUUAUGUACUGCUACGGUUAUGUUCGUUUUAAGUCAAGAUCGUCUUAACAUGGACUUAGAUCGAGAUUGUUUAGAGUUAAUGUUAAAUCUACUCGAAUCGGACGUUAGUUAUCAACAAGCUUUGGACGUUUGCGGAUUAUCGAGCGCCCAACUCGAAAAGAACAAACUAAAAGUGAGGGAAUUGUGCGCGGAAAUACAAAGUCAAGGUCUCGCGGUGCAUUUAAACCUGGAGAAUAUUACGGUCGGUCAGCUUGCGAUGGAAACUCUUUUAAGUUUAACAUCGAAACGUGCAGGUGAAUGGUUUAAAGAGGAACUGAGAGAAUUGGGCGGGAUCGAGCAUAUUGUUAAAACAAUCUGUGAGUGUUGUCGCCAAAUAAGCGAUUACGUUGUGAAUUGGACUGAUACGUUAUUGGAUCAAUUGAGAAAGGUGGAUCGGUGUUUGCGCGUUUUAGAGAACGUUACACACAAUAACGAAGAAAACCAACAGUACUUAUUAAAAUAUGAUAGCGGAUUAAUUUUGGAUACUUUAGUAAAAUUAUAUAGGUUAUGUGAUGCGGAAAUUCCACUUUAUCCUAUAUCCGAUAUAAACGAUAAGGAAUCAACUGGAACGGUGAUCAGAGAGACUUUAUUGGUUACAUUAAAAGUUUUAAUUAAUUUAACGCAUCAUUUUAAUAUGUCGGAUGAAGGUAGUAGUUUGAUUGGUUCAAAACAAGGAAUAAUCGACGCGAGCCUUCAUUUACUGCUACAAAUACCCCGAUAUAUCCCCGAUCAAAAGAAAUUUGAAUUGGGCGUAUUAGUUCUGAUGCUUUUAAUUAAUUUAAUUCAAGACAACACAGCCAAUAAACAAACUUUAAUAUCGGCUAAGGCGCCCUCGGAAGGCGAAAGCAUAUUUCAAUGCGAUAAAACGGCUGUUGAAGCAUUAAUUGCACAAUUUUAUCAAUGGGAAGAAUCGGCCCGUUUAGAAGAACGCCACACGGAUGCUAUUUUAGAUGGGAAAGGCGAUAACGGUCAAACUCAACAUAAAACCAACGAAGAAUUUAUUGAGGAAACCGUCGCUAAAUUAUUACAAAAAGCUGGUACACAUAUGGAAUACACCUUUUUGGCUUCCUACAUUGUAAUGUUAUUGGGAUUUUUAAUCAUGAACAACAUUGAAUACCAAGUAGAAGUGAGAAAAUUCUUAAGAAACGGUGACUUUUCAAUUAUGGUGGAGCUCUUAAAGAAGUUUUUUAAUUUUAUGAAUUUAACCGCUUCGACUGAAGCUUCUAGUAUGGCAGCAAUGCGAGCAACGGAAAAAGUAAUUAAUUACUUAGAAGAAUGUGAUUCAAAUAAAAAGAUCGAAUCUACAUCCGAUGGAAAAUGUAUGGAUCUCAGUUUUACGAUGGCCCAUUAGCAAUUGAAAAAAAUCUUCAUUUCUUUUAUAAGUUUCAUUUUGGGGCAUCGCGAAAAAUUCAAGAAAGUUCGAUUAAAAAUAUUGAUAAAAAUUUAUUAAUUUAAUCAUUUUGUUUUAUUAUUUUUUGAUACAUUGUAGAACCUGUACAUUAUUUAGGCUUUAUUUAUUUGGCUUUAUUGCACACGUAAUUAUUUCUUCGUUGAGGAAAUCGUGAUUUAAGGAGUUUAUAAAUAUAAAAAUAGGUUAUAAAAAUAUGUAAGAAAUAAAAAAAAACUAGUAUAAAGUCGAUACACUUUUACUGGAUUGUUUAAAUAUUGUAAAUAAAUUCAAGUUUAUAAAAAAAGA